CCAGUAACUUAUUUGUUGUGGGUGAAAAUUUCAGAUUGGUAAAGCAGAUUUAUUGGCGGGUUUUGAAUUGGCGGUCAUAUAUAUAUCUCCAUUCAUGACAUCCAUCAACUCUCCUGACGAUUUCUCGAUGCGUAACUUGUCGUAUGAUGCUAUACCUCCAUCCACAACACAAUCUCCAAGUAUGGACCCAGACGAUCCGCCACGACGGGCGCCGGUGCACUCCCGGUCCUUGGUAGCGGUAGGGAUGUUGUGCAUCUGCAUCGCAUCGUUUGUCAUUCAGUCUGAGCUGGCUCAGUUUGUACAGCAGACAAGCGAUUUCCAGAAACCAUACUUUAUAUUGUAUAUUGGACACUCAUCUUAUAUGUUGAUGCUACCUCUGCAGUUCAUCACCGAAUACAUGAAGAGAUUCAAGUCGCUGCAAUCGACCGGAAUAAAGAACCAAUGUGUUGAGGUGUUCCAUUUAGCGUACGCUGACUUUAAGGUCUCUCUCGCCGAGCUGGUGCGCCAUGUACGAUCCGACGACUAUCAAACAGCUUCACUGGAAGACGCUUCGGAAGAUCAGCUCAUAAAGACGUUACGUAUGAGCUCACAGCAAGCUAGCUAUUUAGUCAAGAUCUCUGUUGCACUGGCCAUCAUGAUCACUGUUCCAGCUUACUUGUGGUACAUUACCGUCAACCUCAUUUCGAUGGCCAAUUUAACUGCCGUAUACAACACCGCUUGUUUUUGGGCAUAUCUCUUCUCUAUCUUGCUGUUGGGUGAAAGGAUUGUGACGCAAAAGGUUCUCGCGGUCAUACUCUGCGUUUUCGGCGUUUUGAUCAUGGCAUUGUGGAGUAGCGAAGAUACCGACAAUCGACAUAAUCCAUUAGGGAUUCCAUUGGCUGUAGCUGGAGCAGUUGCGUACGGAUACUAUGAAGUCUUUUACAAGCAGUACGCUUCUCCAGUCAAAGCUACUGUGCUAUUUGCAAACGUAGUCACAGGCUUGAUUGGCGUCACUUCUCUGUUCAUUCUUUGGGUACCCAUUCCUAUUUUGCAUUUCAGCGGUUACGAGAUAUUUCAACUACCAUCAUGGACUACGCUUGGCUAUAUCUUUGCAAUUGCUCUGACUGGAGUCAUGUACAAUGCUGGUUUCAUGUGCCUUAUCGCCUUGACUAACCCCGUUUUUGCUGCAGUCGGUAUCAUGUUAACCAUACCAGCUGUGGCCGUCGCCGACGUCUUCGUCACUGGUGUCAUGGUUCCUGCUUCCACCAUAGCUGGAAGCGUUUGUAUAUUGAUUGGGUUUGCUGCUCUGAGCUAUGAGCUAUCAAAAGAUGAGGAUCAAGAGGAUAUUGGCGGCGCAACCGAUUGAAAGGCAGCACUGAAUACUCGUUUUAAUCGCCGCUCAAACGCGGAAUGUACUUUUCUUUGGAAAUUUUGCUCUUCCUAUUUCAUUCAUCCAUCCAUCCAUCCAUCCAUUCAUCCACUUCCUUCCAACUUAU